GGUGGCUCUAAAGAGAAAGCUUUCAAAGUUAUUGCUGGAACAGAUGAUGAUGUUAGUGACCUCAAGGAAAAAAUCAAGGGGAAGAGACCUAAUACAUUCACCAAUACUGAUGCAGCUGAGAUCGUGCUGUGGAAAGUAAACAUUCCAAUUGAUGAAGAUGCCAUGGAGGUUGACAUCUUCCUCAAAGACAUACAAGAUAAAUUAAAAUUGUCAAUCCCUACUAGAAAAAUUUGUGAUGUAUUUACCGAGAGCAUCACAGAUGCUUCUAUUAAUAUUAUUGUCAAACAGCCCUCUGCAGGACAAGGUAACUCCGCUGAUGUAUUUACCCUAAUUGAAGAACUUAAUAGUAAAUUGGAAAGUGGUUUCAGGAAGGUACAAAAUGCUAUGAAUCAAUCGCUCUAUUCAUCAGGUAUUGUAACAGAAACUGAUAAGGGCAAAGAAGUGCGAGAAAAUGGAACCCAAAUUGACUUUCCACUCAAUGUGACCACGAGUACCAAAUCAAAAGCACCUGGAAAGUUUUCAAAUCCGCCUAACAAAGAUGCAGAUGUAGAUGAAGAGGAAAUACAAGAUUACUUUAUGAGCGAAUGCAAUGUACUAAAAAAUUAUGGACCUUUAAAAAGCAAGCUUAAGCUUCUUGUUGAGGAUACACGUAAUUCACCAGUACUGGCAACUCGAAAACCAGAUUUUGUACUCAUUCCAAGAUAUUCACAUUUAGAUUACUUAAAUGUUAUAGCCAUUGGUGAGAUAAAGAAGCUAACUAGUGCAAAUUUUAGCAAUGCACAAAUAGGACAAGCAGUAUCAUAUGGUGAAAAACUACUGCAACUUCAGCCACGGCGAAAUUUUGUAUUUGUAAUGUUGACAGAUUGUAUUACAAUUAAUAUCUAUAAGGUGUCUAAAGUUGAUAACUAUCAAAAGUCAAUCACUCAGUUCAAGUAUGAAUAUGUAGCACCCCAGCCUAUGGAAUACAACAGCAGUAAUAAUAAUGGGUGGAAAUACCUGGUGACAUUUAUGGAAAGCUCACCAAGUGAAUUGGGAUGGAUAGAACCAUCAUUAAAAUUUGGCAGUGAAACUGUAAAUCUGGUUCGAUCUGCUGGUGUGGGUAGAACUAGUGUUGUAUAUGAGGGAAAACAUAAUGAUGAAUUUGUGGUUGUAAAAAUGGCAAAAAAGGUGGAAUAUCUAUGUUGUUUUGAAAGGGAAAAAGAUGUAUUGGAAAAAUUGUCAAUUCUUAAUUCACCUUAUAUUCCAAAGAUCCUAUUUAACAAUUAUAACACACUUGUUAUUACCCCACGUGGUGUGAAAGUUAAUAAUUUGAGAAAGAAAGAUAUCAAAGACAUCAUUACCACCCUCCGAGAUGUUCAUUCAUUUGGAAUUAUACAUAGAGAUCUUAGGAAAUAUAACUUUCUUCGCAAUUUUGACGAUUUAAGUGAAAAUAUUCUUAUUAUCGAUUGGGGAUAUAGUACAAGUAAUUCUGAAAGUACCAAAUUUGCAGGUGCGUUGGAAUGUAUGCCAAAUGAAGUCCUGGAAUCAUUAAUCAAUGGGGAAGAGAUCAUUUAUGGGCCAAAAGUUGACUUGAUGUGUUUUGUGCAUUCAUUUUAUUUAAUGAUCCAUAGACCAUCACUGGAUAGGUCUCCCUUUGAUAAAGAUGAUGAUAUUAAAAAACGAGCACAGACAUUGUUAAAUUUCUGGAGUGGUUGUGGAAAAUCAGAUGUAUGGGACAGUAUUUAUAAUGCAAUAGAGGAAUUAGACUAUGACAAAUUAAUUAAAGAGCUUGAGAGGAUUUUUUAA